AUGAGGCUUCUUCAACGGGGCUACACAGUUAAAGCAACCGUUCGCGACCCCGCAAAUUUGAACAAGGUGAAGCAUUUGCUAGAGCUGCCAAAAGCUGAUGAAAACUUGACAUUGCGGAAGGCAGACCUUAUGGAAGACGGCAGCUUCGACGAGGCCGUCAGAGGUUGCUUGGGAGUCUUCCAUGUAGCCACGCCUAUGGACUUCGAGUCACAAGACCCUGAGAAUGAAGUGAUUAAGCCGACAGUAGAUGGGGCGUUGAGCAUCAUAAAGUCAUGCGCUAAUGCAAAAACUGUGGAAAGGUUGGUGUUUGUGUCAUUCGCUGGAACUGUUGUCAUGCAGGAACGGAAACUUGUCCAGUAUGAUGAGACUUGUUGGAUCGAUAUUGAUUUCAUCAGAGCCACGAAGAUGACCGGAUGGAUGUAUUUUGCAUCGAAAACACAGGCAGAGAAAGCAGCAUGGGAAGCUGCUAAAGAGAACAACAUUGAUUUCAUCAGCGUUAUACCAACUCCCGUUGUUGGCCCAUUGAUCAUGCCAUCGAUGCCACCAAGCCUAAUCACUGCACUUUCCUUGAUAACGAGAAAUGAAGGGCAUUACUCUAUCAUAAAGCAAUGCCAGUAUGUGCAUUUGGAUGAUCUUUGCAAUGCUCUUGUUUUCCUGUACGAGAACCCUGAAGCCCAUGGUCGAAUCAUUUGCUCUUCUCAUGAUACAACCAUCUUCGAUCUGGAGGAAAUGCUUCGGCAGAAAUACCCAGGAUACAACAUCCCCAUCCAGUUCGAGGGUGUUGAAGAAGACUUGGAAGUGAUCUCUUUCUCCUCUAAGAAGUUGAUGGGCCUGGGGUUCCAGUUCAAGUAUGGCUUCUAGGACAUGACCACAGGAGCCAUUGGGACCUGCGUUGAGAAGGGACCGAU